UAGAGGGCUGCGUAUGUAAAUUAACCCUAUAACUACUAUUCGCUAACGUUACCCUCACGAAUCUCAUCACAAUCAUUCUAUUCUCUCUGUAUUUUCAUCAAAGGAAAAACCCUAGUGCCGGUGCUGAGUCUCACUGCCUCUCAAACAAUGGAUAUCGAGGAGGAUAUCCGGGCUCUGCAGCUUGAUUCAUCUGAAGAUAAUAUGGUUAAUGCAGAUGAUGUGAAGCCGACUCACGAAGUUGAAAUACCCGAUAAGAUGGAAGAAGAUUUGAAGGAUGAGGUCAAUGCAACCACUCAGCCAGUGCCAGUGGAGGCAAAAGGCAUCAUGGAAGUGAAAUCCAAGGAUGUCUCUGCUGCUGAAGAUACUGAAGACGAGAUUGAAGAUAAUAAGAAGCGCCAUUUGAAUGUUGUAUUUAUUGGCCAUGUUGAUGCAGGGAAGUCCACCACUGGAGGGCAGAUACUGUUCCUUAGUGGUCAGGUGGAUGACCGCACAAUCCAAAAAUAUGAGAAAGAAGCAAAGGAUAAAAGUCGACAAAGUUGGUAUAUGGCAUAUAUUAUGGACACUAAUGAAGAGGAGAGAGUUAAGGGUAAAACAGUUGAAGUCGGAAGAGCACAUUGUUUUGAGACAGAAACUUCAAGAUUUACAAUUCUGGAUGCUCCAGGACAUAAAAGUUAUGUGCCGAAUAUGAUCAGUGGGGCAUCUCAAGCGGACAUAGGUGUACUAGUAAUAUCUGCUCGGAAAGGCGAGUUUGAAACUGGAUAUGAAAGAGGUGGACAGACCCGUGAACAUGUACAACUUGCUAAAACUUUAGGUGUCUCUAAGUUGCUUGUUGUUGUAAACAAGAUGGAUGAUCCUACCGUGAACUGGUCAAAAGAGAGGUAUGAUGAAAUUGAAUCGAAGAUGAUACCAUUUCUAAGAUCUUCGGGUUACAACGUGAAGAAAGAUGUUCAGUUUCUGCCUAUAUCUGGACUUGCUGGUGCAAAUAUGAAAACAAGAGUGGACAAAAGUAUUUGUCCAUGGUGGAAUGGUCAAUGUCUUUUUGAAGCUCUUGAUGCUGUUGAAAUUCCCCAACGUGAUCCUAAAGGCCCAUUUAGAUUGCCUAUUAUUGACAAAUUUAAGGAUAUGGGCACCGUUGUCAUGGGCAAAGUAGAAUCUGGCAGUGUGCGCGAGGGUGAUAACUUGUUGGUCAUGCCAAAUAUGGCUCAAGUGAAAGUUCUUGCUGUAUACUGUGAUGAAGAUAAAGUUAGGCGUGCUGGACCUGGUGAGAACCUGAGGGUUAGAUUGUCUGGGAUUGAAGAAGAGGAUAUUGUAUGUGGUUUUGUCUUGUGCGGUGUUGCAAGGCCAAUAGCCGUAGUAUCUGAGUUUGUUGCCCAGUUACAGAUCCUUGAGUUGCUGGAUAAUGCAAUUUUUACUGCUGGUUACAAGGCUGUGUUGCACAUUCAUGCUGUUGUGGAGGAAUGUGAGAUUGUUGAACUGAUGCAACAGAUUGAUCUUAAGACAAAAAAGCCUAUGAGAAAGAAAGUUCUCUUUGUGAAGAAUGGUGCCAUCGUUGUAUGUCGCAUCCAGGUGAAUAAUGUGAUAUGCAUUGAGAAGUUCUCUGACUUUCCACAACUUGGAAGGUUCACUCUUCGUACUGAAGGGAAAACAAUUGCAGUGGGAAAAGUUACUGAUCUUUCUGCCUAGUGUUAGUUCUUAAACAAUUUUGGUGUGAGAGGUAAGUUGAGCCAACGGUACAAAUUUUCGUAUGGAAACAAAUGAAAAGGCCAGCACACGGAGCAUUGCUUGCAACUGAAUCAAAUCAUUGAUUUUUUUAUAUGGCAUUGACAGUGUGCCUUUGUGUUGUAUUAUUACGAGUAGUUGGCUAUUGUUACUUGUGGUGUCUGCAUGUUUUUGUUUUUUUGGAUAGCAAUUCUGAAGUAUUUGGUACGUUUGAUGCUUGCUUGGGGGGGGGUAAAAUUUGAGACGCCAAUCCCCCCAUUUGAAAGUGACUUUAUAGUUGUAAUUUCUGGUUUUUAUAGAUGUGCUUAAUUUAUAACCCUUUUGUUUGUU